GGCCCGCUAUCACCGUGAGUACUUUGCAGGCUUCACGAAGCCCCGCCCCCGCGCGGCAUAUGAUUCGGUGCUCUUCCUGCGGGCAACACGUCUACCACGCAGGCGGGAAGCUUCCGUCGUUUCCAUGCCAGUUGGGACCGACAGGGCAGUUGCCUACCCCGGCUUGUGCUGUUCUGGGCGAAACAUGACCCUCGCCUAGGUCACCGGUGGGGGGAUGGCGGUGUGACUGGUGCUACUGCGGUAUCACCAGGUCCGAACCCGCCGGCAAAGUUGGGCUUCGGGCUUCGGUAACCUUCGCAGGUUGAAGGACAUAAGGCCACAUAUCCCACCCUCGGAGGGGCUCGGUGACCUGCGUGAACCCGCCCCUCCCCCCCGCUCUAUCGACCACACUCUUCCCUGGCUCGCCCUCAGGUCCGGCCGGGAUGGCCGAGAGUAUCCAACUCAACAACAACCUGGCUGCAGCGUCGAUAAGCCUCCUGUAUUUCGACUACAGCUUGACGGUAGGCUCGGAGAUCGACCUGUUCUGGGGCUCCGCGAGGUGGUCCGCAGCCUCGGUGCUCUUCGUUAUCAACCGAUACCUAGGCCUAUUGGGGAUCCUGCCCGUCAUGUUCGAAUACUUUGGCAGUUAUUCUCCCGAGAGAUGUCGACAGCUUCAGACCUAUCACCAAUACUACUCAAUCGCAAUGCAGGUCGUCGUCGCCAUCAUCUUGGUCCUUCGAACCGUCGCUCUGUACGACUGGGACAAACGGGUUGUGCGGAUGUUUAUGACGAUGUGCCCCACCCUUGCCCUAUUCACGGUGCUUGUCGUUGCGGACGUCGUGAGACUGACGCCUGCCGACCCCAUAAUGCAUGGUCCAAAACCCUCUAUCAUGGGCUACUGCAACCUCUCCCUCACGGUGGCACAAGGCGUCCGCGCGGUCGUUGGGUGGCUUUCGAUGCUCUGUGUCGAGACGACCAUUUUUGGCCUUACCCUGAUCAAAUCCAUCCGCAUGCGGGACAGCCUACGCCACGGCGUGCUCGGAGUCGUGUUCCGCGACGGCGCAAUAUACUACGGCAUCCUGGUCCUCGUCGGUGCGGCGAACAUAAUCACGUUCCUGGCACCCGGGAUCAGCGAGAACAGCCGCGGAAUCGCGACAACGAUCACAAACGCGCUGUCGACGACGCUCACCUCGCGCAUGUGCCUCAACCUGCGCGACCCAAGCCUGCACCGCGGCGGGCUGCGCAUGGGCGGCUGGACGUUCGAGCACUCGCAGCCGACGUAUCCCGGCGCGCCCCCCACCGCGAGCCGCGCGCAGCCGCUCUCCUUCCGCCACCGCUCCGCCGGCUACGGCGGCGAGACGACGGACUCGGACAUCGAGAUGGAGGCGGAUGCAGACGCAGACUCGGACUCCUCGGACCCGCACGCCCGCGCGUACUAGUGCGGACGCACCACGCUCCUUAUAUCCAAUUUUUCACGAG